GACACGAACAUUAUGCUAUUUCUUUAUACUGAAAAUUGAAAAAGUACCAGCUUGCGAAUUCCAGAAAAUAAAGAAAUGAAAAUGACGACAGGAAACAACAGUAUAAAUACCAAUCCUGCAAGCCUGGAAGUGACUUCAUACACAUUCUCAAUCUCAACAGAUAGAGAAAUCUAGUGUCACCACCAUAAAAGAAAGAAUCAGAUUCAUAAUCUCCAAAUCAAGAACCAAUAAAACCAUACAUUCCGAUCAGAAAACGUUGCAUCAGCACAACCAUCACCACCGUUGCUGCCAUUGCCCAACCAUGAUCACUGACCACCACCACCACCAUCCCUCCAAGUUCCUUCCCAAGCGGAUUGUCCUCGUCCGCCAUGGAGAGUCGGAGGGUAACAUUGACACCGCUGCCUACGUCACCACCCCUGACAACAAAAUCCCAUUAACCUCAUCGGGUCUAGCCCAGGCUCGUAUCGCUGGGACUCAUUUGCACAAUCUAAUAUCCAACCACGGCAACUGCACCACUAACUGGCGGGUCUACUUCUAUGUCUCUCCCUACCAGCGUACCCUAUCCACCCUCCGGGAGAUUGGACGGUCGUUUGAAAGGGAGAGGAUUAUUGGGGUUAGAGAGGAGUGUAGGAUUAGAGAGCAAGAUUUUGGGAAUUUUCAGAUCGAGGAGAGGAUGAAGGUGAUUAAAGAGACCAGAGAGAGGUUUGGGAGGUUCUUUUAUCGGUUCCCUGAAGGAGAAUCUGCUGCUGAUGUUUUCGAUCGCGUUUCAAGUUUUCUCGAAUCUCUCUGGAGGGAUAUAGAUAUGAACAGGCUUCACCAUGACCCUUCACAUGACCUAAAUCUCAUAAUUGUAUCACAUGGAUUAACUUGUCGUGUAUUCCUCAUGAAGUGGUUCAAGUGGACAGUUGAACAAUUUGAGCACCUAAAUAAUCCUGGGAACUGUGAGAUUCGAGUUAUGGAGUUAGGAGAAGGUAGGGAAUACAGCUUAGCAAUUCAUCACACAGAUGAAGAAAUGCAAGAAUGGGGAAUGUCUCCUGAAAUGAUUGCUGAUCAGAAGUGGCGAAUCCAUGCCCACAAGGGUGAUUGGAAUGACAACUGUUCCUGGUACUUCGAUGCAUUUUUUGAUCAUCUGAAGACAGAUCCGGAUAAAGAAAGUGAUGAUAAAGCAGAUGAUUCUUCAAGUACAUGUGAAUAGGCUCCCCAGAAAUUAGAUGGGAAAUUCUUUUGAUUCACCGAUUGACUUGUGUUAGUUGAUGCAUAAUUAACAAAUACAUGGAAAACAUAGUUCUGAUCAAUGCAAACAGAGGCUACAGUGCAAGAUUACUUGGUGGAUUGUAAUACUUUAUAAGAAACAUCUGCUUCUAAAUGUAAAUUUUUGACUGCUCUCUGCAAACUGUAAACACAAGCAAAUGGCUCUGGUGCUUGGUUUAUGUUAUUCUCUGAUUAAAUGC